CGACGUCGGUCAGGCGGCACACGGUCGCGCACGGGCUGUCGAACCUGCCGCGCACGUCGGGUCAAAUGCGAUGAGACCCCUGGCCAUUGCUACAACUGCACCUCCACAGGAAGAACAUGCGAGGGCUACGACCCCUCCCCAUUACCUCGCCCAAACAACGCUCAACGGCAGCGGGUAACAUCUCCCCAGUUGCCGUUGACGGUCACAACCAAGAUCCGCUGCAUCACCACAGCCGAUGAACGACGCUGUUUCGCAUUCUUCCAAAGACGCACGAUCCCGGAUAUUCUGGGGGCAUUUGAUUCCCCGUUGUGGCACCAGUUAGUGCUGCAGAUGGCCCAGCUGGACCCGGCGGUCUGUCACGCUACGAUGGCGCUGGCGGCUGCUCACCAGGAGUGUCAGAUCACCGGCAUGGGGCUGCGCCCGCAGAAACAGCAGAGUCCGUGGAACCUAUUCGCUUCCGAUCAGGCGGCGCGCGCGUUUGCCCUGCUCAGGCAACGGAACCCCCAGGACCCACUGUUGCCGCAGGUGGUACUGCUUUGCUGUAUCCUCUUUGUCAUGUUGGAUUUGGUGUGGAGGGAGUUCGACGCAGCCUUCCUGCACCUGCAGGGCGGCCUGCGCAUUCUGAAUGAGCUUCAUCGCCAGGGUAAGCCGGUGUUCCGAAAUCGACAGGGAUCGCCCGUCGAUUGGCACAUCGUCACUGCUUUGCGACAUCUCGACAUACAUUCGACACAAUUCGGCUGCGAGGCACCGUUGCUUGAGAUUCGGGAAGAGGCUCGAUUGGAUUCGACUGCAGCACAGUGGCAAACAAUCCGGAGCGUUGCCGAAGGACGCAGGGCACUUGAUCCCCUCACGACACUGACGCAUGCGUACAUGAGGCGGGCCUGGCCGUCUGAUAAAGAGCACGAUCCCGUUCUCUAUGCCUCGUUGUACCGUGAGCAGUUGACACUCCUCGCGCUGGUGGAUCAAGCUCAGCGGGCCAUGCGGGACUUUCGUCUCCGACAUUACGCCUCCCUUGGACUCAGGGGCCAGGUCGGGGCCGACAUACUCAAGGUCAAUCUCCAUUGGCUCUGUUUGGGUCUGCGUACGACCUUCGCGCUCCCUGGACCUGCAUACAUCGCGAGCAUUGCUUCUGAAUGCCAACAAAUUCUUACGACAUCCGAAGCGAUCAUCGCAAAACUUGGCCCCCAACGGCCGGCGAUCAUGUUCGACAACGGGAUUAUCUCGCCCUUAUUCUUGGUAGCCGUCUUAUCACCGGACUUCCGUGACCGUUGGCGAGCGAUCAUGGCGCUUCAUGCUUGGCCGCACUGCGAGGGGCCGUAUAGCUCAGCGUUUCACGCCCAUCUAGCCGAAAAGAUGCUGGAGGGCGAUCUGCGAGCUCGGAUCCGGGCCGAGCUGGCCACCACUCCGAACGAUUUGUCGGACCAGCAGCUUCUU